AUGGAGAAUGAGAAUGGUGAAGAAGAUGAGAGGAGUAAUACUUGUGUGUGGAUGCUACUACUACUAGAGGGUUGUAUGACGAACUUCAUUAACAACGUCCAAAUAGAGCCCUAUCGACGUUUGCCGCCUUUCCUUAGUCUCUACAUCUGUCCGAUCCGCCGCCGAUUCCGAUUCCUGCCGUCCGAUUAUCGGUCCAUCAUUUCCCGAUCACUCACUCCGAUCCCCGAUUUCCAUUCAAACAAGGAUCUAUAUGUUUAUCUUUGCCAUCAUCCCGUCUUAAUUGAUGAAGGUCGCAAGAGUUUCUCACUGGAAAAACGGACUGGAAAGAAAUGCUACUUUCUAAGUACAAGGGAUCUUAACAUUGUAUGGAGUGAUGCACCAGAAUAUUGGAAUUCGACUUCACUACCAGAGUCCAGGUUUCCAGAGGUGGCUCAGCUCAAAAUUGUUUGGUGGCUUGAAAUUUGGGGCACAAUAAAGGCUGGGAUUCUAUCACCACUGACAUCCUACACAGCUUAUUUUGUUUACAAGAUCAAAGAUGGAUAUGGGUUUUAUCAUCGACCCACGGAGGUUUCGGUUGGAAUUUCUGGUGUUGAAUCCGGAAACGUCCGGUUUGCUCUUUUGCAUCCAGAUGAUGAUGAUGAUUACGAAAAUUAUGCGUCUGCUCUGGCCUCUGAUACGGAGCACGAGGAGCCCGAGCCAGUUGACGAUUAUGAGGAUGAUGAUUAUGAGCCAAAUGAGGUGUCACCUCCUACCCCAACUUCUAAUGUGGAAUACGAGGUGCGCUGGCUAUACAAUUGGCGUGAUGAUCCUGGCAUCGUGCAAGCCGAUAAACUACUUCCUAAACUGAGAGAUGAUGGCUGGUUUGAGAUAGAAUUGGGUGAGUUCUUCAUUGAAAAUGAAGAUGAUUGCAUAGAAAUGAGAGUGCAAGAGGUGAAGGUUGGACUUCCAAAGCACGGCCUUAUUGUUGAAGGAAUUGAGAUAAGAUAACUGACAUUCUUGUUUUAUAGUAUGAGGAUGCAGAAUACUUUCUAGUCCGCGUGUAUAACCUUUUAACA